AAUCUUGAAUUGUUUUUGUAACAUUUUAAUAUUUGUGCCAAAAUCACUAUGGAUACGACAUACGCAGUUCCCCCUUAACUUGGUGAAUGUAAUGUUUUGAAAGAUUUUGAAACAAGUUGCCGUGUUUUUUCAUCGAUGAAAUCAUCUUCCCAGAUCCUUUGCUUGCAUAAAGAAGCAUACUCAAGCGUUACUAACGCUUUUUGUAAAGUUCUUGCAUUAGGAAGGAGCAGAAAUUUUUGAAAUUCACUAAGAUGGCGGAUUCGUGUCUCACCGUCAAUGUUAUUGACACGAUCAUCAAGUAUGAUACUCUAGGAGGACUCGUUUUCUUGGCGUUUCUUUUGGCUCUUAUAGUUGGUUUCAUCAUCGGAGCUUUGAUUAUGCGUUGUAUCUUCAGGGAAAUCGAAGAGCAUAACACAAGCAAAAGAAACAAGUCAUUCUCUGUCCCUCUGCUUGAAGAAGAGGUGGGAAAAGAAGACGAUCUAUCAACUAUGAAGAAAAUGGGUUCCAACAGGAUCGCUCCAAUCCCAGUUGAUAGGAAUGGUGCAGGCAACCGAUCAGUGUCUAUUGAGAUGGAUGCGACUCACUACAGCAGAGGGAGCAGUGGCUUUCUGACCCCACCCAUCACCGAACCUGGACAAAUGACAGAUGGUGGUCUGUCUGUUGCACAGGCUUUGACCAAACCAUCAGAGGAGGAGAUGGAGGUUGAAUUACAAAAUCAAGAUUUCAAAUUCCUUGAAGAGAUGGAGAAGGACUUGAGAAAACAGAAAAAUGAGACAUUUCUUCAGUUGUUAAAGAUGGUUCUUACAUUCCUGUUCAGCAAGUCACGGAUUGACGAGGAGUUUAAAAGGCGAAUGCUUGCAAAAUAUGAACAGGCCAUAGAUGACAUUGACGCCAAUGCAGCCCGUGAUCAGGCUUUAGAAGCACAAGAACUAAGGGAUACCAUAACAGACUCUACGGAACUUGAAAAUGCCAUAGAAUCACUGCAUACCAAGUUCUCAAAGAGAAUGAGCUUCAAAUUGACUGAGUUACAAGAAGAAGUUGGCAAUGAUCUCCUGACAGAUUCAGGGCUUUCAGAAGAAGAGGCAAAUCAGAUUGUUGCCAAGCUUAUGGCGAAUGUGGCGGCUACAAAUAAGAGAUUGCUGGAAGAAGCUAAUCGGCAAAGUUUGAUACUGCACGAAAGGCUGGCUAAGAGACAGGCCAUGGCUCAACACCGAGUGAUGGAAAAACAAGAAGAGAAAGACGAACUUGACAACAGGAAAAUGAAGGCGCUCAAGAAUCUGGAGGUUUUACAGAAGAGAGGGAAACUUGUGUCAGAACAGAGCAACAAAAUACUCGAAGAAUAUGGUAGCACCAUCAGAGCUCUAGAGGAGAAGGAGCAGCUGUCUUCUCUGCGCCAUCAAGCUGAACUUGCAGAGAAACUACGACGACGCAGAGAACAGAAGAUGAGGAAACUUGAAAACGAGCAAGAAGGGGAGAAGGAAGAGUUUGAAGCCAGAGCAAAUCAGAUGAUCUCUGAAGGUACCAUGACUGCCGAGGACUUCCUGGAGGCGUACCAUCGCUUGGUGGUGGAGCACCAGUUGGCCAAGGAGGAACAGGAGGAUCGCUGUGACGAUGAGGAAUUUCAGGAGAUCGAUAGUCUCAACCAGCAACUAACCGAGAGACGGGCGCGCGCUCUGGAGAAGAAAGAAAACGAGCUAUUCAAAGAGAUCAAAGAGCAGGCACAUUUGUCAGCCAAAGAAGCCGAUCGCCUGAUGAGCAAGCACAAGGAAGACCUAGACCAGUAUGCAGAUAAAAAAGCUCGUGAAAUGGAGCGUCAGAAAGCACAGAUAAAGGAGAGGCUGCUAGAGAGACGUAAGCGAUGGGUGAGAGACGCGGAACAGAGGGCGAUGGAACAAAACGUGAUGAUCAGCCAACAGGAGGAGACUCUCAAGCAAGUGUUGGACACACAGAUAGGACUCAGUCAAAAGUUACAAAAACAAGUGAUGAUGGAACAUGAGCAAAACCUGGUGGCGUUGAACAACCAUCUUCAGAUGAGCAGAAUGAGGCAGCAAAAGAGACUCGAGCAGCGUUUGGCGAGAAGGAGAGCUCGUCUUGCGGACCUUCGACAGAGAAUGGAGGAAGAGCGAACUAAACAAGCUGAAGAGGAUCCAGAGAAAAUGAAGAUUCUCGCUCGCUCACAGAAUAUCGAGUAUCAGGCAGAGGUGAAAAAGGUAGAGGAAGACCAUCAGGCCGCCUUAGAGGAUCUCCGGAGACGGCUUGCGGCAGAGACAGAGGAGGCGCUAAAAGAGCAAGAUGAUCGGCUCGGGAAGAUUCUCGGCAAAUUACAACUGGAGGUCGCUCGUCGGGAUGAUAUCAUCAAAAGACAAGACGAAGCCAUCCGAACACUAGAGAAAAAGUUCGUCGACACAGUGACACGUGAAGGCACGCUUGCAGACGCGCAAACAGACCGCAUAUUGAGGCAGCAUCAGAAACAAGUGGAUAAACUUAAUGAGAACAUCGAAAUAGAAAAAGAACGGCAGAUGCGCAUCAUUCGGGAGAAGCUCGAGAUGAAGCGGCUGAAAAAAGAGAGGACCAUAGUGGCGAGGCGCGAGCAGGAAGCCGAGGAGAUCAAGCAGAAAGGCGUCAAGACUGCUUCAAGCGUGUUGGCGACUAUUUUGGGAGAGCGAAAGCACAAACAAGAAAUGGCGAACCUGGAGAGAGAGAUGAAGCUAGAGUUGAUUCGUCAGACCGAGAAGAUCGACAAAGACAUGCAGGAGCAGCUAGUAGUUGAACUUCAGGAAGAGGAGGAGCGAUUUCUUGCUACGGUUGCCGAGGCGAGUGAUAUUCCCGAGAACGACCUUGUCGUGCUAAUCAAGAACUCUGCUAACGAGGCUGGCAUGGACCCGCGGUUAUCCAAGACCAUCGCCAAGGAUGUGCGCAAGAGAAUCCGGAGCGCACGAGGCCGCAGAGAUGAAGCCGAUGCGUAGAAUCGGGUGAUACCAGCGGAACUGUAUUGACUGACCGUGCCCACUUUACAGAGGUUUAGGUAGAAUACCCAAAAAUGGAGCGUAGAACCGGGUGAUUGUAUGAAUUGUAUGAAUUCAUGGAUGUAUUCAUUCGUUUAAUUUAUCAUCUAUUUGUGGCUAUUUAUCAGUAAUGUAAUUUUUCCAAGGGAAAUGUAAAUAAGUGAAAUUGGAAA